AUGCUGAGGAGCUGCGGCCGCCUGGUGAAGUGGCUCGACUACUUGCUGGCCCCCAGAUGUGCCCUCCGGGCUGCGACAGUCUCGCUGCAUUCCACCCACAUGCCAUUCGCCAAUACUGCUGUGAGUACAGGGGAAGACAGCAACAGCAAUUGUGAGGAGUGUUCUUGCUAUGAAAACGAAACGCAGGUCUUCUUGGUCUGGCCUCUUCCAUCAAGGAAGCCAAAGGAUUACGCCCUCCCUAACUCCAGCUGGAGCAAAGACAUGAUGGAGCAGUUCGACAAGUUCAUGUCCAUGUCCAAAGAUGGGACAUGGAAAAGGAUCCCUUCUCAUAGUCAUAUUGAGAACAGCAUUCCAGAACACAUGAUGCAAAAAAUAGAGGAGGAGAAAAAGAACAGAGACACCCGGUAUUUCUGCCGAAGCAUCAGCACUGAAGGUCUUGGUUUUGAAUACGUGAUGUUCUUCAACCCAUCGCAGAAAAGAAUGGUGUGCAUUUUCCAGCCAGGUCCCUAUCUGGAAGGGCCUCCGGGGUUUGCGCAUGGUGGGUCUAUCGCCACCAUGCUUGAUGUAACUAUUGCGCUUUGUGCCAUCUUUGCCGCCGAUGCAAUUCUAACCGCUAACCUCAGCAUAAACUAUAAGAGCCCUGUUCGUCUAGGUUCCGUAGUCCUCGUAGACAGCAAACUGAACAGGAUCGAGGGCAGGAAGGCAUUCUUCUGCGGUCAGGUACAAAGUGUGGAUGGGCAGACACUUCAUGCUGAGGGCACAGCUCUGGUGCUCCAACUGGAUCCCAGCAAGCCUAUCCAGCAAUAUAUCUGUUCCAAGUAA